AUGUCGGAACUUCGAUUCGAUAACCAGACGGUUGUUAUCACCGGUGCUGGCGGCGGCGUAGGGAAAGCAUAUGCCCUUUUUUUUAGUAAACGGGGUGCCAAUGUUGUCGUAAAUGAUUUGGGUGUAUCCCAUCGGGGUGAGGGCGCUUCGUCCAGGGCCGCCGAUGUCGUUGUGGACGAGAUCAAAGCUGCUGGCGGCAAGGCGGUAGCUAACUAUGAUAGCGUCGAGUUUGGUGAUAGAAUCAUCGACACUGCCAUCAAAGCCUUCGGCCGUGUUGAUAUCUUGAUUAACAACGCUGGUAUCCUACGAGAUGUUAGUUUUAAGAAUAUGAAAGAUAUCGACUGGGAUUUAAUCAACAUGGUCCACGUCUAUGGUUCUUACAAGUGCACAAGAGCUGCGUGGCCAUACUUCCGGAAACAAAAGUUCGGACGGGUUAUCAACACUGCCUCAUCUGCUGGUUUAUUUGGAAACUUCGGGCAAACUAACUACUCUGCUGCAAAACUGGCCAUGGUUGGCUUUACCGAGACCUUGGCGAAGGAAGGUGCGAAAUAUAACAUUCUGUCAAACGUUAUUGCACCAAUUGCUGCCAGUCGUAUGACUGAAACCGUCAUGCCUCCAGAUGUCCUGGAGCACCUUAAGCCUGAUUGGAUUGUUCCUCUGGUCGCCGUUCUUGUCCACUCGUCCAAUACCUCAGAAUCUGGAGGCAUCUUUGAAGCUGGCGCUGGCCACGUGGCUAAGUUGCGAUGGGAGCGUGCAAAGGGUGCUCUGUUGAAGACGGACGACACUCUCACGCCGCAGGCUAUCCUUGCUAAGUGGAAUGAUGUUACGGAUUUUUCAAAGCCUAGCUACCCUACUGGAGCUGCGAACUUCUUAGAACUCUUGGAGAAGGCCCAGGAUGUACCCAGCGCCCCCGCAGGUGAGAGCUUCGAUUUUACUGGCAAGGUUGCCCUCAUUACCGGCGCUGGAGCUGGCUUGGGUAGAGCCUAUGCUUUGCUCUUUGCGAGGCUUGGAGCCUCCGUGGUUGUCAAUGACCUUAUCAACCCAGAUCCCGUUGUUCAGGAGAUCAAAAAGCUUGGAGGCAAAGCUGUUGCCUCCAAGGCAUCAGUUGAGGACGGCGAUGCAGUUGUUAAGCCUGCGAUUGACGCAUUUGGCCGGAUUGAUAUCCUGGUUAAUAAUGCUGGUAUUCUCCGCGAUAAAGCUUUUACUAACAUGGAUGACGACAUGUGGAACACCAUCAUGAAUGUCCACCUUAGAGGCACUUACAAGGUCACCAAGGCUGCAUGGCCUUAUUUCUUGAAACAGAAAUAUGGCCGCAUCGUUAACACCUCCAGCACCAGCGGUAUCUACGGGAACUUUGGACAAGCCAACUAUGCUGCUGCUAAACUUGGCAUUCUAGGAUUCUCUCGUGCCUUGGCUCUUGAGGGAGCCAAGUACAACAUCUAUGUCAAUACCAUUGCUCCAAAUGCGGGUACAGCACUGACCCGGACCAUCCUACCGGAAGACCUUGUUCAAGCGUUCAAACCAGAAUACGUUGCUCCAAUGGUCGCCCUACUCUGCUCUGAUAAGCUGCCCGAGCCGACCAAGGGCUUGUACGAAUGUGGAAGUGGUUGGUUUUCCAAAACCAGAUGGCAACGGAGCGGCGGACAUGGGUUCCCCGUCGAUGUGCAGCUCACUCCUGAGGCUGUCCUCUCCCAGUGGAAGAAGAUCAUCACAUUCGACGAGCGUGCCGAUCAUCCUGAAGACAGCCAAGCAGGCCUGAAGAGCAUUAUGGCGAAUAUGAGCAAUGUCAGUGGUGGAAAGAAAGAGAAAUCCAAGGGCGACCAGCAGAUAUUGGAAGCCAUCAAGACCGCGAAGAGCACGAAGGCCAAGGGAACUCCAUUCGAUUACACCGACAAGGAUGUCAUCCUUUACAACAUCUCUCUCGGUGCCAAACGCACUGAUCUGCAGUUCGUCUACGAAAACAGCUCAGACUUCCAAGCCCUCCCCACCUUUGGUGUGGUCCCCUGGUUCACCACGACCACACCAUGGGAUGUCGCUGAUAUCGUCUCUAAUUACUCCCCUGUGAUGCUCCUCCAUGGCGAGCAGUAUCUCGAAAUCUGCAAGUUCCCUAUCCCCACUGCGGCCAAGACCAUCAACGUCCCCACCCUCAUUGACGUGAUUGACAAGGGCAACGCCGCUAUCGUCGUCACAGGUUUCACCACUAAAGACGCACGAUCCGGCGAAGACCUUUUCUACAAUGAGUCGACUAUAUUCAUCCGUGGGAGCGGCGGCUUCGGUGGAUCCCCAAAGCCCACAGCCCGUCGCGCGAAGGCUGCCACGGCUGCCUACAAGCCGCCGCAGCGCAAACCUGACGCCGUUAUGGAGGAGAAGACCUCUGAAGAACAAGCCGCCCUGUACCGUCUAAACGGUGACUACAACCCACUCCACAUCGACCCAGAUUUCUCUAAGGUUGGUGGUUUCAAGGAUCCCAUCCUGCACGGCCUCUGCUCGUUCGGCGUUUCUGGCAAGCACGUGUACAAGACCUUCGGUGCCUUCAAGAGCAUCAAGGUCCGGUUUUCAGGUGUUGUGAUCCCGGGUCAGACGUUGAGGACCGAGAUGUGGAAGGAUAAUGGCACAGUUGUGUUCCAGACUACUGUUGUGGAGACUGGAAAGCCUGCAAUUGCUGGAGCUGGUGUUGAGCUUCUCUCGACUGGCUCGAAGCUGUGA